AUGGCCGACAAAUACAUCCCCGAGCACCGUCGCACGACAUUCAAGGCCAAGAGCGCUUUCAAGCCAGACGAACUCCGCCGCCGCCGUGAAGAGCAACAGGUCGAGAUCCGCCGGGCAAAGCGUGAGGAGAACCUCGCCAAGCGUCGUGGUAUCGCCGGCCGUGACCAACCCGGUGCUGCGCUGGGCGCUGCCCCCGACAGCGACGAUGAGGGCGGCAACAUUGAGAGCCAGCUCAACGAAGAGCUCCCCGAGAUGGUAAAAGGCGUCUUUUCCGAACAGAUCGACAUGCAGAUCCAGGCAACGACCAAGUUCCGCAAGCUGUUGUCUAAGGAGCGCAACCCACCCAUCGAGCGCGUCAUUGAGACUGGCGUUGUGAGCCGCUUUGUUGAAUUUCUGCGCUCCCCACACACGCUCGUACAAUUCGAGGCAGCAUGGGCUCUUACCAACAUCGCAUCCGGUUCGGCGCAGCAGACACAGGUCGUCAUUGAGGCGGGCGCGGUGCCCAUCUUCGUCGAGUUGCUCAGCAGCCACGAGCCAGAUGUUCGGGAACAGGCUGUGUGGGCUCUGGGUAACAUCGCCGGUGACAGCCCCGCAUGUCGCGACUUUGUACUCCAGGCCGGCGCACUCCGCCCGCUUCUCGCUCUGUUGGGUGACAGCCGCAAGUUGAGCAUGCUGCGCAAUGCCACAUGGACCCUGAGCAACUUCUGCCGUGGCAAGACCCCCCAGCCCGACUGGCAAACUCCUGCCCUUCCCGUCCUCGCCAAGCUCGUCUACUCGCUCGACGACGAGGUUCUCAUCGACGCCUGCUGGGCCAUCUCGUACCUCUCCGAUGGCUCCAACGACAAGAUCCAGGCCGUCAUCGAGGCUGGCAUCCCCCGCCGUCUGGUAGAGCUGCUCAUGCACGCCUCCACAUCCGUCCAGACCCCCGCUCUCCGAUCCGUUGGUAACAUUGUGACCGGUGACGACGUCCAGACCCAAGUCAUCAUCAACUGCGGCUCGCUCCCUGCUCUGCUGUCUCUUCUCAGCUCGACCAAGGACGGCAUCCGCAAAGAGGCUUGCUGGACCAUUUCCAACAUCACCGCUGGCAACUCGACUCAGAUCCAGGCCGUCAUCGAUGCUAACAUCAUCCCCCCUCUGAUCCACCUUCUCGCAAACGGCGACUUCAAGACGCGCAAGGAGGCCUGCUGGGCCAUCUCCAACGCAACUAGCGGAGGUCUGCAGAAGCCCGCCCAGAUUCGCUACCUCGUCCAAAGCGGCUGCAUCAAGCCUCUCUGCGACCUUCUCGCCUGCCCCGACAACAAGAUCAUCCAAGUCGCCCUCGACGGUCUGGAGAACAUCCUCAAGGUCGGAGAGAUGGACAAGGAGUCUGGCGAUGGUGCUGGUGGCGAGUCCAUCAACCGCUAUGCUCUCUUCAUUGAGGAGGUUGGCGGCAUGGAGAAGAUCCACGAGUGCCAGAACAACGCCAACGAGGAGAUUUACAUGAAGGCCUACAACAUCAUUGAAAAGUACUUCUCCGACGAGGAGGGUGAGGCCGAGAACAUGGGCGAGGGGGGACCCCAGGUCAACCAGGAGGGCCACUUCGGCUUCGGCGCUGCCGGCCAACAGACACAACAAAACUUCAACUUCGCCAAUGGAGGUGACUCGAUGGACAUGUAA